AUGGAGAACAUAAUUGUCCUGGAAAUCAAGCGGGGACUCAGCGGGUUCAGGGACGAAAUCCGGAACGACCUCAGAGCAUUCCGUGAAAGUAUUCGCGGCCUCCAGAGCGAUGUCGAUACCAACACAAAAGACAUCCGCAAGUUGCGCAAUACCAUUACGAAAGAGAAAACGGUCCGAAGCCAAGAAAAUACUGAGCUGAGAGAGGCACUCGACUACGAGUUCAAGUCCAUCGACGACCGCUUCCGAGACGUUCAUCAACGCUUCGACGAACUAAGAACCGAAAAUGUUCGAGUCCUAGCGAAUGUUCAAAACGGAAAACUAUCUAAUCCUUUUCUCCCCAUCCAAGCACUUCCCGUAUACCUACCAAAGCAAGGCAUUACAUACCCGGAGGCAACAUACUUCCCCAAAAACGCAAACGAGUUUUACGCCCUGAAGCAGCCGUCCAGCCCCCGACAAACAGCCAUGCUCGCCUACCUCGCCAUGUUCUACGACAUCUCCCACUACCAAAAGCACGGCGACACCGCCAUCGGGGACCCAGUGUUGGCUGUUGAGUAUCUCGAGAACAUCCUAGGUCUAGUGGAGGAUAACUUCACGCGGUUCAAAGAGCGCGCGCGCGAAGUUGACGCAAGACCUAAAGCUGCACCGAUAAAACGCGCUGAAGUCUGCGAUGUAGAGCAACUGUUUCCGCAUAAGAGACAGCACUCAAGACAUUCUUCAGAGUCCCAAUUUACAUACAAGUCUGGGGAUAAACUUGGGUGGCGGGUUAGGAGCUUGUCAAAUCCCACCGAGGACCAGCCGACGAUGGCGGGGCUGGCGAAGAAGUAUAGAGAUUGGGCGCGGCGGAAUGAAGCGCCACAAGAUGCGUAUGAGUCCGAUGAGACGUCUGGAGACGAAGGGGUGAAGAAGGUUGAGGAUUCGGGUAGUACGACGAAUAUUAACACAUCGAGAGAUGGUGGAUCAGAACAAGAGCAAGUGGCAAUACGGCCGAAUCCAUCUUAA